CAGUCUUCCGUGGACCGUUGAAGCUAUCGCAGGAGGACCUAGCAAGUCCUGCUCUGCGCCCAAAAGUCGGGGUGACCUGGCCCCGGGGACAAAAAAAGAAGGGAAGUGGAAGUGUGCGGCUCAGUGCAAUCGAAAGCGCGCGGGAAAGUGAUUUGAUUUGAGCUGUGCCGUUGUUGUUGUUGUUUUUGUCUAGUGGAUUCCAGGGUAAUAAUAAUUUCAAAACGAGGCCGACGGAUCUGGGUUAAAAGUGAAUUGUUGCCCCUUCGGGUUGUGUUCUGUGAAAAUCGAUAAGGAUUCGUUCGUCGGUGUCGCGUCGCGUGGAUCCUCUGAUGGAUCCGUUUCUGAUGCGAGUGAGUGCCCUCGAGAACGUCUUCGCCAACUUCGAACAGCAGCUUCCGCCUCAACAGAGCUGGUAUCCCCCGGCACCGGGAGUUUCCUACUGGGGUCAGUUCCAUUCCAAGAAUAGUCCUCACUACUGCCACUGCUGCUGCUGUCUCUGGUAGAUGGGCGGCGUUUCCAACAAUCCCCAGGAUCAUCCGGUGCUAUGGAGCCACCAGUUGAAGCGAAUUCAGGAGAAACAGAUUGCUGACAGCAGCUUGCGUGAGUUCCAGCACCGGAAGUACGUGGAGCGGGAGUCGCGUGCCAAAGAGCAAGCACAUUUUCCUCUCUUUCAGUACCGGGAAGUGAUGGAGCGCUACUCGCCGUGGGGCCGAAAAGGGGGCGGAGCACCGAACGAUUCCGUCCGGAUGCGGAACAUCCAGCAACAGGGCCUCUUUCCGGACUCGAGAAAUCUUCCAACCGUUCCGAUCCUGAUGAUUUCGCCUGUUUCUUCUGCUCCUUCCAACAACAACAACAACAACAACGAUGACUGGUUCCGGCGCACCGCUGCGGCCGUAAUCCACGGGCAGGACUUCCGGAAUCCGACGAUGGGUGGUGCCGGAGGUGGUGCUACCCGAACCAAGGGGUGCAGUGCUGGAGGUGGCGGGGCCCCACUGCGUAGCGCUUCCGGCCAGAUCGUGACCGGGUUUACGGAUGAUCCGAUCAUCAGCUUCAACGAUGCCAACCGGUAUCACGUGGACAACGAGCUGCGGUACAAGACGUCGGCGGCCCAGAAGCAAUCGUAUCGGGCCGAGUUGGAUCGGAUUGUGGCGGAGAAGGAGAACCGGCGAAAGACGCGGAGCUCGGAGGCCGACCCGAAGACGAAUGGUGGCCCUUGGGGCAAACCCGGUCCCGGUGGGAAACCAUGGAGGCCUCCGAAGAACAUUGGUCACAAUUUUAUGAAAUCGAUGGGUUGGACCACCAAGGAAACCCUGCAGGAUCUGGACAUCGAAAUAGUGACCAAGAUGCAGCGGCAGCUGGAGGAGGAAAACAAAUAUCUGAAACGGUUCUCGAACUGCUGUUCCCGGUGCGUGUGCCAAUGCGUUAGCAACAGUCUGGAUCCUCCUGCGAUGGCGGCCCCGGGAAGUGCCCAGGUGUCCCGCCCCGUUGUAAGCCCUCCGAAAUACCAACAAACGCCUCCAGCCACUGCCCCUUCGAGUCAGGUUCAGCAAUCGAUGAUGGUCGGCCGGAUGGAUGAACCGAAUCCGAGCACCGACAAGAUCACGGAUCGACGAGUUCCUCGGCUGUGCCAGCAGAAUCAGCAUGCAACCUUGGGGCGGGCCCCAGCAGCUGCUAGGAAGGGUAGCAAAGUGCCGCCCACCCGAAACUGUAUGAUCACCGGAGGGGUGGAGCUGGUACCUCUUUUGGCCAAACGCCGAUCGCAAGCGCGCCCCAUCAGCCUCGGAACUACCGAUGUGACCAAGAUCGAUAAGUACAUCUACAAUGGAAAUCGCUGCGGAGAUCAGUACUUGCAGGAGCUUUGCUUCCAGAUGAGCCAGAAGCAACGGAACACGCAAAACAGCCGAACGGCAGACUUCGAGAGCAGCCGACAGCACUUCGAGGCGUGGUCCACGUUCUGGGGCCGUCCCGGACAUGGCGCGCCCACCCAAAACACCCAAAUGCACAACCUGGACAACCUGCUUUACUCAGCGCCCCGGUAAAGCGGAACUUGUACCAGACUGAUAGGAGUCAACGUUUUUAAAGCACCAAAGCACACAAUCUCACACUUCCUGAACGAGAGAAGCCUCCAGUAGUUGAUCUUUUUUUUUUUAUUAUUGUUUACAAUUAGAGUUAAAUUGACCGAGAUCUGAGGAGAUCGAUUUUGUUCACUUGUUUCGAAACAAGUGAUAACAAAUUCAUAAUUGAAACAAAAACUAACUUACUGAACACCAAACUUAUUCAAACUUUGUCACGACUUGUGACUCACUAGAAAAGGUAAUAUGUAUCAACUUAUUAUUGCAUAAAGUUUAUUCAAAUCAAAUCAUUAACAGUAGAAUGUUGUAGGAAAAUAAACAAUUUAACGGUUAGCAAAUCUCUGAAAUUGAAAGUUUAUCCACCAUGAAUAUUUAAUCACAGAAAGCUAAAGAGUAGACAAAAUGGAAUUACAAAGAAAUUUAAUCACGUUAGUCAUAUGAUGAUUCACAAUAUAGAAAAGGAAAUUAACCUAGUUUAAAAUUUAUCUAAUCUGUUCGAGUUUAAGAGAAAAAAGUUACCAGUUGACAGUAAACUGAGUUAUGAAAAUUCUAGAAUAGCGUCUAACGUCGUUAAAAAAAAGUUUUUAUUCGACUUAUAAAAAAUAUAAAAAUCAUUCUACCCAAAAGCAAAACUGAACGCUUCCUCCCAUAGGUUAAGUGUAUAAGAAAUAUUCUCGAUUGACAUGACUGUUGAACAUAGUGCGGCUCUAGCUUAUACGAACAAUAUGAAAGAAGCAAUGAAUAGUGUAGUGUAGUGUAGUUGAAGUAUUCAUUAAGUCGAAUUUAACAUUAGGUUUAAGACAUGUUACUAAUGGUAUGAUGAUGAGUUACAUCAAAAAGUAAAAAAAAAUUAUAUAAUAAAAUGGG